UGGUCUGAGCCUGGGGCAGUGUUGCUUCAUCUGUGUCCACUUUGCUGGGCAGGAUGGGAAAAUCAAGAGUUCUGUAUUCUCACAAGAACACAGGACUUGUGUGAUGCUUAUGUUCAGAAAUUGGUCAGAUUUCGGCCCAAAUUGCUGUUUUAUGUGGUUUUGCUCUUUAUUCAUCACAAAUUAUGCUUAAACACAAGCACUAUCUUUGGUUUCAUAGAUCAUCAGGACAGGGGUUUCAUUUGUGAAGUUCUCUAGUGCUGUGGGCUCCUUGGUCAUCUCAGCACACUCAAGCAAGGUCUCCUUAUUUAUUUAUUUUGGACAUUAAACAGAGCUUAUCUUCUCCAAGGGGACAACAAAUAGUUCUUCACUAGUGCAAAAACAGAAAAUGCAAACUGCCUAGGAAAAAAGUGUCUUUAUUUGAAGCUUUAAUUAAUCUAUUCUGCUCCUGUAGGUUGGUUUGUCCCGGUUGAUGUCCGUUUCUGUGCCGUUAAUCACUGUGUGUUUAUAGGCAAAUCAGAUUCCCGCAGGGGGUGACCAUCAGCUCCAGCUGUGGCUGCAGAAAGCCCUGAUCACCUGCCGGGGUGUCACAGCUGACCCUGAACAGGGGGUUGGGCUUCAGAACCUCCUGGCGUCCUGUCCAACCUGAAUUCCUGUGUGAAUCACCAGCAGAUCACCGGGACUGCCUCACCCAAAUGGCAGGGGGUGGAACUGGAUGGUCUUUGAGGUCCCUCCCAACCCAAACCAUGCCAGAAUUCCGUGGUUAAACAGCCAGGGCUUUAGCUGAGCUGUCAGUAGUGGUCACUAUGUUACAGAUUCUCACCUCUGUUAAAUCUACUUCCCAUUGGCCACUAGUACAUAGCGGGAAACAUCUUCUGAUUUAAAAUUCCUCUGCCUACAACACAAUAAUGUCUGGGCUGCUGCCGUCUUGCUUUGAAACUCUUAUAAAAGCUUCUUUGUUUUAUUUAGUAUCAGAUUACACGGAGGUACAGUUUCAUAUCACACCUGAAAACAUGUUGAGAUGCACCCACGUUGAUAAAGAAGCCCAUCAAGAAUUUCUGUGUUAGUGAAUUCCCAGAAAUUCACAGAAUCAUAGAAUAUCCUGAGUUGGAAGGGACCCACAAGGAUCAUCGAGGUCCAAUUCUUGUCAUCGAAGUAAAUUGUAUUUACAGAGUUGGCUCUUGGGAAAACUGUCUUUCAGGUUGUUUGAAUACUAGUUUGCUGAACUCUUACCUUGAAAAACUCAUAAAAAAGGUGUGACGUUAUUUUAACAUGGUAAAGGAUUGAAUUACGAUUUUAAAUCCUCUGUUUUACUGUUUUCAAAAUGACAGUACUUAUGUUCCCCACAGAAGUCUGGAAAGCGGAUUAUUGUCCGUAUUCCCAGGCUGCACAGUCAGCAACUGCUCGUAGGAAAAGAUGGGGGAGGAGAGGGAAUCCUUGCCAUUUAUCAAGGGGCAGCAGAUAAAAAGACUGCAGGUUUGGCUGUCUGACAGGGAAAGGUGGCUGUCCCAGUUCUCAGCAUUUGGGCUCAUUAGCUCCUAAAUGAUAGUAAAAUAGUUUUGCUGCCAAAAUUAUUUAAAAGCAGAUCCUUGCUUUGGGGUUUUGUUUAAAGGUGGAAUUUAUAUUCUCCAUUCUCAUCACAUUUGUAAUAUUUGCUCUGUGAGCAUAGGACUGACUGACUGAUGACUGUUUAAUGCUGUUAAUUAAGUAGUGUUAACCCUGGGGUCUUUAAAAAUGCCAGCACGUGUCAUCUUUGUGUUCAGCCCAAAUUAAUUUCAAUUCACUGUUAAGAUAUUUAGAUUUUCCAGAUAAUUAAAACUCCCUGAAAGAUUGUUUGCAGGUGACAUGUCAAAGACAUUCUAGUUGCAACUGAAAACUAAAGGACAGCUACAUCUAGAAAACAGAACAUUUUCUGGAAAGGUCAUCUUGGUGCAUCAGAUAUGUGGAGAUGGGGAGGGAAAAGAGGACCAGAGGGCCUGGGAGAGGUGCUGGAUCCAUUUAGGUUUGCUCUGCCAGACCUUUGGUCAGCUCAUCACCUGCAGUUCCUGGUUGUACCCACCCCUCACCCGGGUGCUUCAGUGUUGGCAGCUGCUUUGUUUUGGGUUGUUUUUGGGGAUUUUGAAUAGUGGCUUGAAAUACCAUUUGUACUUUCCUGAAACGACUCCAGGGCUUCUUGAGUUCUGGCAGAUGAUUGGCUUUGUCUCUGCAGGGGCCUCAUUUAGUUCAGCCCAUGAGCACUCGGAAAUGAUACACUGGUGACAGCCUCCCCAGCAGUUGGUGUUGCAAAUAGUUCAGCUGUGAGUGUAGUAAUUGUUGUGAGGUGCCUUCCUGCAGAGGGAAGCGAGGGCAUCCCCGAAGAAAUUACAGGGGAGAAACACAGGGAUCUACUGGAGCAGGGUCUGAGGUGCUCAUGUAAAACAAACCAAAACAAAAACCAAACCCAAACAAACAAAAAACCCCAACCCAACCAUGUUUUCCAACUAAAUAUACAAAGUUCUUCUUCAAACUCCCACCCAUCACUUCACACGGGUGGGAGUUACUUCACACUCACUUGAAACAAAAGGUAGAGAAAUCAGGCAAGUUCUUGUACGUGUGACAAAAGAAAGGGGCCUUCACAAAGCUUCUGAAAAAGAACCUGGGGCACUUCAGGGCUCAGAGCCUGCCUGAGCCCCCCUGACAGGUGAUGGGAAAUGCCUAUUUUAUUGACUGUCCCCUGGCUCCACCAGCUGCAGGGACAAAGCCCCUCCCUUGGUUUUUGCCAAGGGCAAAGGAUUCAUUUUAUUGAUGCUUUGCCACCUGCUCAUUAGGGAGAUGGGCCCUGGCUUUGGCAGGGGAAGUUCUCCAGGCUGCAGUGGCUGUGAAGGAAGAGAAGAGCACUUGACCCCCUCUGUGAGCCCCUCCACCCCUGGUACCUUCUGUCCCACCUGGACCUGCCACCCGAAGCUCACUGCAAACCCAGCAGAGCUGCCAAAAUCCCUUUGUAUUUAACCAAGCAACACCAGCAGAUACAAGGUUUGCAGUCCACUUUUAUGUUUUCCAGAUAAAAAUGUUGAAGAAUAACGUUGUAUAUGACUCCCAGUGGAAGAGCACAACAUUUACCAGCCCAUAAGGGCUUUGAGAGCAGCUACAUCUGCAAUCCCUCCACUCUUCCCUUUUCAAGAACUAAAAUGAGCCCAUUCUUGAAGAACACAGUGUCAUGAUUUUCUUCUGAAAGAGGCUGUGGUGGCUGUGUCACAGAACGAGCUGAACCUGGAUUGUUGAUUUAUUUUUCCUUUUUAAAUCAUAUCAGCACACUGAGAAACCUGUAAAUGUGUUUUAAAGGCUCUGAGGAGUACAGUGAUUUAAAUGCUUUUUUCCAGAUCAAUAUUAGUGUGCCUUUUUGAAAAUUGAUAGUACAGAAUUACAGCGUGUACACUCUGGGGAGUUCUCAGUGUUUUUAAAAUUAAGCUGUGCUAUUUUUGUGCUCAUCUGUGUGAGCUGCCAAUUUUCAUGCAAAUUAUGGAUUCUUAAAAUAACUAAACAUACAAAAGCAAUGUUGAGUUUCCUUCAGAGGAGAGCCUUCAUCUCAACGCAGCAGCUUGAUUUUAGUACGGUUUUUGUAGCAGACUAAAUUGUAUCUUUGCAGGCCAACAUCUCUGGUACAGCCCGGGAUGGUUCUUCGUGGAUCCACUUCAGCGGGGACCCACGCUGUGCUCCAAAAUGCUUCCAAUCCCGGCCUCCGGCUCGGCGCUCCCGGGAAGAUGUGGGUGAAGCUGUGCUGUUUGCUGCUCUACUUCCUGGCGCUCUUCGUGCUGGCCCGGGUGUUCGAGGCCGUGGCGUGGUACGAGAGCGGCUUCCUCGCCACGCAGCUGGUGGACCCGGUGGCGCUGAGCUUCAGGAAGCUGCGGACCAUCCUGGAGUGCCGCGGGCUGGGGCACUCGGGGCUGCCCGAGAAGAAGGAUGUGCGGGAGCUGGUGGAGAAGUCAGGAGACCUCAUGGAAGGAGAGCUUUAUUCAGCUCUCAAAGAGGAAGAGGCCUCUGAAUCAGUUUCCAGUACAAACUUCAGUGGUGAAAUGCAUUUCUAUGAGCUUGUAGAAGACACGAAAGAUGGGAUCUGGCUGGUACAGGUCAUAGCAAAUGACAGAAGCCCACUGGUGGGUAAAGUCCACUGGGAGAAAAUGGUGAAGAAAGUCUCAAGAUUCGGCAUACGUACUGGCACUUUUAACUGUUCCAGUGACCCCAGAUACUGCAAGAGGAGGGGUUGGCUGAAAUCCACCCUCAUUAUGUCGGUUCCACAAACCAGUACUUCCAAGGGAAAAGUCAUGCUUAAGGAAUACAGCGGGCGCAAGAUUGAAGUGGAGCACAUUUUCAAAUGGAUCACGGCCCACGCUGCCUCUCGGAUCAAAACCAUCUACAACUCGGAACAUCUGAAAGAAGAGUGGAACAAAAGUGACCAGUACCGAGUGAAAAUUUACCUAUUUGCCAACCUUGACCAGCCUCCAGCGUUCUUCUCUGCACUAAGUGUAAAGUUUACUGGAAGAGUAGAGUUUAUUUUUGUGAACGUGGAAAAGUGGGACAAUAAAAGUUACAUGGCAGAAAUCGGUAUCUACAAGACACCAUCGUACAUACUUAGGACUCCUGAGGGGAUUUACAGGUAUGGAAAUAACACUGGUGAAUUUAUAUCACUACGUGCCAUGGACUCCUUUUUGCGCUCAUUGCAACCAGAAGUUAAUGAUUUAUUUGUUUUAAGUUUAGUUUUGGUUAAUCUGAUGGCUUGGAUGGACCUGUUUAUUACACAAGGUGCCACUAUAAAGCGUUUUGUGGUUCUUAUAAGCACUUUAGGGACGUACAAUUCACUAUUAAUUAUUUCCUGGCUACCAGUGUUAGGUUUUUUGCAACUACCCUACUUAGACAGCUUUUAUGAGUACAGUUUAAAACUCUUCAGGUACUCUAACACAACUACUUUGGCUUCUUGGGUGAGGGCUGAUUGGAUGUUCUACUCUUCACAUCCAGCCCUCUUCCUCAGCACAUACCUUGGCCAUGGUUUACUAAUUGAUUACUUUGAGAAGAAGCGAAGACGCAAUAACACGGAUGAAGUAAACGCUAAUAAUCUGGAGUGGCUGUCGAGCCUGUGGGACUGGUACACCAGCUACUUGUUUCAUCCCAUUGCUUCUUUUCAACAUUUCCCUUUUGACUCAGAUUGGGAUGAAGACCCAGAUUUGUUCUUGGAGCGGUUGGCCUUCCCUGAUCUCUGGCUUCACCCUCUGAUACCAACUGAUUAUAUAAAAAACUUACCCAUGUGGAGGUUUCAAUGCCUCGGCGCCCAUUCUGAUGAGGAAAUGCUGGAAACCUUUCCAGACAGUGAAAGUGACUCUGACAGUGAAAACAAAGAGGUCUUCAGUAGCGACAGAGAAGUCUCGGAGGACGAUGAGCUGAGCACGUUUCACAGGUGCAGUGAAGGAGAGCAUCGGUGCGGCAUUGAGACCUGUUUGUGUGCCAGUCAGUAUUGUCACCAUGAGCCAUCUGAACGCAAAGCCAGGUCCUACGGCUCGUACAGCUCCACAGGUGACAUGGAGCCAGACUGGUCCGCCUGGCCCUCCGACAUGUUGCACUGUACGGAAUGUGUGGUGUGUCUAGAAAAUUUUGCAAAGGGCUGCCUGCUGAUGGGCUUGCCAUGCGGCCAUGUGUUCCACCAGAAUUGCAUCGUGAUGUGGCUGGCGGGUGGGCGACACUGCUGCCCCGUCUGCAGGUGGGCGUCCUACAAAAAAAAGCAGCCAUACAUACACCCGCAGCCUUUGUCGAGUGAGCCCCCGUCUUAGCUGUGUGCCCAUGUCCUUUGUAAGCUUUCAGGAUAUUACUGCUUGCCUUUUAAAUGUUAGUCACUUAAAAGAUUACGUGGUUUGAAGUUUUAGUUUAAAUGUUAGUGCAGUGAACUAAAAUAUACAUGAUGCUAACGUUAAUGACAGAAUCAUUUGGUUGCCUUGUAUGUUGAACUGAAUGCAAACUUACCGUACAAUAACUUGUCCUCUUCAACAUCUGGAAACUUGAUGCUGUUUUUGUAAGCACAAAAAUCAAGCCUACAAGAGAAGCGUAUUCCAGAAAACGUUUACAAGUUAGGAUGUGGGUGAAAUUGAAAUUCUAAUCGGAGACAAUUGCUUAAUUUAAGUGUUUCCUAUUUUAGAGUCUGUUCUGGACAUCUUUGUUGAAUAAUGUAUGUUGUAAGACAGUACCAUUUAAAAAGAAAUUGAUGAAAUAAAUUAUUUUAAAAGGAGAUUUGUAAUGUUAAUUGUUUUGAUAAAUAUUUUUUGUGUAUGGUUACAGAUGUCUUGCUGGCCUGAUUUAUCUGUGAAGACAAUAAAAAUAUAACACAA